AUGGCCGACCCCGCAUGGCAAAACGUGAAAUACGUUGCGAGCAUACCAAGGCUGGAAACAAAGUUUUCGAGCUCGUUUUCUGUUUGCGAUCUUCACUUCCACGAUGAUGACAUCUUGAAGGUGUUCGAGUUCAACGUUUGUGGUGAUGUGGUAGCGAUACCGUGCGACAAAUGGGCACUGAAGCAAGACGCCGUGCCUCACCAGUUCCCGAGUUGUCCUAAGUAUCUUUUUAAACCGACACGGAAACGCAAAGCACCUACUCGCAGAUUGUACCCGGCAAAAAGCAAGCGCCGAAAAGAACAAGGUGAGCGGUCGAUUGCAGCAGUUCAAGGCGAGUCGAAUGCUGUACUUGUUAGUGUGGAGGACACAUUGAAGACCGCUGGAGAGGCUCAUCGAUCAAACAAAGCUAGCUCGAGCAAUGAGAUUCAGGCUAGGCUACUGGAAAUGACAUUUCCAUGUGUUACUCCUGACCAAAUGAGUGAUGAGCACAGCUACUUCAGAGGUUCACCAAACAACAGUGUUGCGUAUUACCUAUCUGGGUAUGUUGGUCACAAAGUGAGCAAGCGCACAGAGUGCGAGUUGUGCCUGCAUGACAUUAGUUCAGCAACCCCUGUCGUCGGUUCUGACGCGUACUUGACCAUGUAUCGGAGCUUCAAGGAAGGCAGCCUGAGGCACCCCAGCAUCAAGAGCCUACACUUCGUGAGAGUUCUAUAUGAAUCAGUUUCACUUUCUCUUGAUGAGGAAGGUAUCUGUGGGUGCUUGUUUUGGAAGGUCCUGGACGAGCUGGAUAAGAGCAGUCUAACGCGGCUGGGUUGUAAUCAGCACAAGCCCACGUUCAUGUGCCAAGUGUUGUCUUUGUUUAUUGUCACGCGGAGGCAUUUUUACGCGAGGGAUGUCAAUCGUCGCCUUCAAAUUCUCGAGAAAGUCUCCAUCGCCGGCAGAAAAGCUCGUCUAUUAUAA